GUGAUUCAGACUUUUUAUAUAAUAGCGCAUUGUUUAUCUGCAUAAAAGAACAUAGUUAAAUUAUGUUUAAUUUAGAUUGAGGACAAUGGUAACAGGUCCUACAGAUCAAGGAAUGCAAGCUGAUGUUAUAUUUGUCAUUGAAGGAACAGCUGUUAACAGUGCAUAUCUUAAUGAUCUCAAAGCAAGUUAUAUUAUACCAACAUUAGAAUAUUUUAACCAAGGUGGCAUAGAAGAUAGAGAAUAUAUUUCUGAGCAGAAUAGUACAACAUUGUAUGGGAUAGUUGUUUAUCAUGCGGCUGAUUGUUUGCCAGCACCUAGUACAGAAACAUUUGGACCUUAUACAAAUCCACACAAAGUACUGGUAAUACUAGAUAAACUUGAAAUGGUUGGUGGGAAGGGCGAAUCCUAUGCAAACAUAGGUGAAGGUCUAGCAACAGGAUUGCAGUGUUUCGAAGAUUUACAGCUGAAACGAGAGCCUAAUACAGCAUCACAGAAACAUUGUAUUUUAAUAUGCAAUUCACCUCCAUAUCAAAUUAUGAUUCAAGAAUGUUACAAGUUUGCUGGUCAUACUAUUGAACAAUUAGCCACCAUUUAUCAAGAGAGAAAUAUUAACAUCUCUAUAUUAUCACCAAGAAAGAUCCCAGCAUUAUUUAAGUUAUUCGAGAAAGCUGGUGGUGACUUGCAGUCGUCACAAAAGAAGAAUUAUGCCAAGGAUCCACGACAUUUGGUGCUCCUACGUAAUUAUAACUUGAAAGAGCGUCCUGUUAGUCCCGCAACAGGUGGCAACGUUCAUAAUACCACUGCUACCGCGGCGCAAAUUCCUUUGAGUCCUUUACAAAGUAACGAUAGUCCGAACACGAAUCAGGUGCAACAAAACAUCGCUCCGCCGAGCCAACCGCAAGGGUCUCCCUUUAGGAACCAAACGCCUCAAAAUAUCACUUCUGUGCAUCAGACUGUGACAUCAUCCAUGGCGGCUCCGAUGAAUACCGCGCGACCGCCUUACAAUUCACAGAUUGCCGCACCGCCAAAUUAUCAUCCGACGAGUUUGAGUCCAAGGACAACACAUACUAGAUGGAUGCGGCCGUUCAUAGCUCCUGGGACAACUGCGCCUACAAAUGCACAAAACAGCAGCGCGCUGAUAGCGCAACUAACACAACCACCUUCGCUGGGACUUAACGUAGCUACGUUUGGCCAAAGAUUAGAUGUAGGUGGAAACAAUGUUAUGGCACCUAAUCCACAACAACAGCAGCAACUCACGCAGCAACAACAGCAACAAAUGAGACUGACGAUGCAGCUGCAGCAACAAAAUGCCCAACAAGCUACUAUGUCCAUGAACGCUCAACCGACUCACAGUCAGCCAGGAUCACAGCUUACUGUAUCUUGUAUGAGCCAAUCAGUGCCCACUCAAGUACCACAAACUGUCACAGCUUCGCAAGCACCAGUCUCGGUGUCCUCUGUUACACAACAAAUUGCUCCUCCUCAGACACAGGGCAACGUAUCCACUGUACAAGGUCCUGUGCAAGGUCAACAACUUGUACAACGUGAACGCCAGAAUAUUUGGCAAGGUAUUUUAGAGUGGAUCGAGAAAGCCAAAAAUCCCACAGAUGCGCAAAAACAGACGAGACAUGUGCCAUGUCAAGUGUCGGCUAAUUCAAAAGACGGAGAUCCAGAAUUGAAAGCAGAUACAUGGCCACCAAAAUUGAUAAUGCAAUUAAUGCCAAAGCAGUUGAUAGGAAACAUUGGCAGUUCCUAUCUAAAAAAUUCCAAAUCCGUUAUUUUCCAUCCUACACCAUGUGAAGCACUAGAGUCUUUGACAAAAAUGAUGAGCGCCGGAUUUGCUGGUUGCGUUCAUUUCACAUCAGUUCCGCCAAGCCCAGCUUGCGAAAUUAAAGUGCUUAUACUUUUGUAUACUUUAGAGAAAAAAUCAUACUUAGGUUUUAUCCCAAACGACCAAACAGCUUUCGUGGAUAGUCUGCGUAAAGUGAUACAACAACAGAAAACAUCUCAUGCUUCCAUGAGACAUGGACAAGCCAAUCCUGGUCCGGGAAAUACAAUUCCAGCACCAAUGCCUACCACGGGUACACAGGGAGGUAUUCUUAUGUCCCAAACAAAUACCAUGGCGAUGGGUGGUGGUCAAAUAACGCAGAAUGUUAUAUCUAAUAACACUGUCCCGCAAACUUUAAGUUCAACUGUUCCGCAAACUCAAAUAAAUAUGCAGGUAAUUCUAAACAGCGGUAUUAGUGGACCUCAAGCAAAUGCUGCCGCCGGAGGUAUGAUCACUCAGCAGAGGCCUCCGUUUGAUGAUUUGGAAAUUGCUAGACAUCAAAAUUUACUAAAGAUUCAACAUUUAAGACAAACAUUAGAGGCUGCGCAACAGCAAGAGGCGCAGUAUAAAUCACAAUUAGAAGUAAACAUUCAACAGAAUCUGGAGGUUGCGCAGCAACAAGAAAUGCAAUAUAAGCAACAGCUUGAAGCGCAACAGGCACAAAGGGGCCUUAAUCCAGCUGCCAUGGCCAAUCAACAAGCAAACACUCAAAGAUUGAUGCGUCCUGUCUCUGCUAGUAAUCUUGGUCUUAGACAUUUAUUACAGCAGCCACAAUCUCAGUAUAGACAACAAGUGUUCGGAGUGCAACAGCAAAUGGUCGGUCCAAGAGGCCAACUAACAAGACCAAUGGCACCGGGUAAUACGCAAAAUCAGCAGUUUGAGGAUGUGCCGAAUGACUUUAUGUCUUUCUGAAUUAAGUAAUUUGUUAAUAACAAGUGAUUCAUUAAUGUUUAAUUUGCAAACAGCGAGUAACAUGAGAAUCAAAUGUCGAGUCAAUCUUAACUUAUAGUAAAAUUGUUGUUAUUUUACUUUAUGAUAUUUUAUAAGGAGAAUAACAAUCUCUUCUAUUUUAUCUUUCUAAGAAUUUUAUCUUUCUAAGAAGAAAUACACAUGCACGUGUUACAUUACGAUUUUGAUGAAUUUUACAUAUCAAGAAGUAUAAUAACCUUUCGCGCUAAUAGUAAGCAAUAAAGUCGCAAAAGAUAUUACUACAUAUCUCAGUCUCGAGAAAAUCGAUCUUUAUUUCUGAGCAAAUAUCCCUGAUGCGAUGAGACAUGACACUUGCGUGUGUUUUCUUGAAACAGAUUUGUGCAUUAAAAUGUUUAUUUAAUUUAUUAAUGAGUUAUUGAUAAGUUAUUUGUUAUUUAUUUAAGAAAUAGAGAUAAUGAUCAAAGAUAGAAUUUUUUCCAAGAAUUUCUUUUUAUGGACCAUAACUGUGGUGUUAGCAUUACCGAAGGUAUACCACGGAGAUUGCGCAGUCGAAAUUAUGCGAAUUUGUAUAUGUACGAAUUUGUAUGCGCUUGAGGGCUGUUACAAUCAAAUAUAUAAAAUCCAUGUUUCUAUGGAAACUCCUGUUAUAUAUAUUUCAUGCCAUGUAUCACGAUAUAUCGUAGACCUGUUCCGUUUUUGUAAGCGUGUUUUGCAUUAAACUUUGCACAAAGUUCUUCGCAGUGUUUUAAGACUGCACGGAAAGUAGGAGCGAAAGAUUCUAAACGAAAAAAA